CGGGACGACACCAAUAGCACGGAGGAGGGCAGUGAUAAUGCCAGUCUCCACUAAACAAUCCCAGGUGCUGCCACACUCGCACGUCUCUCCACCACUGUUAGGGACAACAUGGAGUCAAUCAAGCCAAAGGAUGAUGGUUCGAAGGACCAAGGCGAUGAUCCUCGGGAAAAAAACCUUCUUAACAAAGAUGAUGAUAAAGACUGGAAAAAAUCUGAUCUCAUACCCAGCAGAUUUGAUGAGCUACCUUCUGAGGGAGACUGGGUUCCUGUUGCUGAAGUUAUUCGUUCUCACAGGGAGGUGACUGCAAAGUUGGAGGCAGAGCAAAUUAAGAUUCAGCCCCCAGUUCAAAAAAUUUCUAAAUCAUAUGAUUUAGAAUCACCAAAAAUGCUUGAAAAAGAGAAAAACAAAAUUCAGAAAGGAGCAGUAACAGGAGAAAGCAAGACAAAUAUACAAACAAAAGAUGAAAAUAUGAAACCUAAAUCCUCUGACAGAGAAAAGGAAGAGGCAGAUGAGGAGCUUGAUUUUGUAACCAAGUCCAUGAUUGCCUGGAGUCUGAAGACUGAUUUUGAUUUUGGGAAGAAGAGACUCCGUGACCAAAAUGAUCGUCGAGCUUCUCUUCCUGCUGCCUUUUCCAGUAACAUGGAAACAUUUACAAAAAAAACAUCAGAGAAAAAACAUUCUGACAUUGUUAAAAGCUCCUCACAUGCCAGAGAUGACCCUGACCACCAUUAUGGCAAUAGAGAAAUUCUGAGUGAGUCUGCCACUAUUGGCAAUCACAAACAUACUCAUGAUUCUGAUAAACGGGACUUCAGUCAUCAUGAGCCAAAGGCACGUAAUGAUGACAAGUACGAAAAAGAUCCUUACCAUGGCCUCAACUUAAUGAAUGAUCAUCACCAUAGACAGAACCAAGAUUAUUAUGAUAGCAGCCCCUUCCAGGACCAGGAUGACACAAAAGUGAGUGAUUAUGGUCAAGAACAGGACUACAGACGAGGCAGCAACCAAGAUCCUACGUCAUAUGAUCAUUACCGUGAUGCACGACGAAGAUAUGAGUAUGACAACAGACAUGAUCCACGACAAAAAUAUGAGUACGAUGACAGACAAGACCCCAGACAAGGACAUGAGUAUGACAACAGACAUGAUCCACGACAAAAAUAUGAGUACGAUGACAGACAUGACCCAAGACAAGGACAUGAGUAUGACAACAGACACGGCCCACGACAAAGAUAUGAGUACGAUGACAGACAUGACCCUAGACAAGGAUAUGAGUAUGACAACAGACACGGCCCACGACAAAAAUAUGAGUACGAUGACAGACAUGACCCUAGACAAGGACAUGAGUAUGACAACAGACAUGAUCCACGACAAAGAUAUGAGUACGAUGACAGACAUGACCCUAGACAAGGAUAUGAGUAUGACAACAGACACGGCCCACAACAAAAAUAUGAGUACGAUGACAGACAUGACCCUAGACAAAAAUUUGAGGAUUAUAACUCAAUGAAAGGAUAUGAAGAUGACCUCCACCUUGGCUACAAACAAGGUCGUCACCACAGCAUCAGCCCUCAUCAUGGCAGGGGUGCACAACACACUCCUCCUAUAGAUUACAAGAGCCACAAACUUCAAGCCCGGCGUGAAAGUAAUUAUUUUUAAGAAAGCAACCUUGUUAUUUGGAUCUAUGUCAAGAUAUUAUUUUUAGAAAUGACAUUUAGCUUUUGCACUGAUGGCUUGAUAUAAUAUAUAAUCUGUAUUGUGCUGAAAACUUGAGUUUCUAAUGGCUAGUCAGAUUACCUGUCUUGUCAAACAUUCCACUUCUUUAAACCUAGAAACAUUAUAUACUUCUUUUUAAUGCUGACAGAUUGGAUGUAAAGAGUAUUAUAAAAACUCUACUAAGUACUCUAUAGUUCCAGCCACUAGUGAAUUUUUCAGUUCUAUGAGAUUUGUUGGCUUGCAUGUAUAAAGUAUAGUAUUGUACAGGUAUGGUAUACUGUAUACUACAGUAUUAUGAAUUUACAUUAGCUGAAAGUACAGUGGUCCCUCGGUUAACGAACACAAUCCUUUGCAGCAGGUUGUUCGUUAACCGAAAAAUUCGUUAACCG